GCCCACAUACCAAAUGAAACGUAUUAGCUGAUGACCAAUCACAGAUCAGUUUAUUAAAAGAAGUGAAGUCUUGGAAUCUUUGAAAAUAGUUCAAGAAAAGCAAGAAGAUUCGGAGGAGAUAAAGGGAUUUCAGGGAAAUUGUGGAAUAUAAACAACACCAAGCUUCACAAUCUGGAGACGAACAAUGUACGUUUGUGCAAACUAUCCUCCGAACUUCUUCAACACAUCCUCAAUAUUCCCGAGGUACCUGGCCAGGAAAGCUAAGAGGUGUUAGCCAGAGAAAAGGAGGAUUGAGAGGCCUUGUGAGGGAUGAGGUGAGGCCCGUCCAGCACCAUGCCCAGCUGGCCCCUGAGGCCCCCGAGGCCAGCAGGACCCGCGCUGCUGCUGCUCCUCUUUGCUGCCUUCAACCUUCAGGUAACCGGCUCAGUGCUUGAAAGUCUGAUCGCCAAACGGACUGAGUACUGGGAGCACUGCAACAGAACGCUGGAGACCAGGGCGCUGCCAGAAACCGGACCUCACUGUAAAGGCACCUUUGACCUGUUUGUCUGUUGGCCAUAUUCGUCUCCUGGGAAUGUGUCUGUGCCCUGUCCUUCUUACUUACCAUGGAUCAACGGGUCCAGGAGGGCACAUCGGGAAUGCUUAGUGACUGGGAGAUGGCGACAGAGGGAGAACUCCUCGGAGACCUGGAGGGACGACUCGGCGUGUCAGGAGGACCUGUACUUCAAAGACAAGGAGGAUGAAAUGCUUCGCCAGACGGCCCUCCGGCUCCUCUCUGUGAUUGGCUACUCCCUGUCCUUGUCCUCUCUCUUCAUUGCUACUCUUCUGAUGGGCAUGUUGAG